GGAUUUCCGCCCAGCAAACCUGUUUCAACACGCAUCGCGUAGCUACUCAGUACUGAGAAUCAACAACAAGUUGGCUAGGCUCUGAGCGUUCAGGCCCGUCCAGUCUAAUCAAAUAGAAUCAUGGGGGUGGUACUCCGCGUUCACUCAAGUCCCUUCAUCCUGACGUUCUUCAUCUGCGUUCUCAUCGUUUUCUUCGAACGACAGGACGCAGCCCCUGUUGAUGGCUUUCGGGAGGCCAUGAGCAGCACUGUCUGUUGUAGUCUCUGUGUUGCAGAACAAUGUGGUUCCUAUGUAAGGAACCACAUUUCUGGGAAUUCCAUGCAACGCGAGCCCCGCCCGCACCAAGGCAUAGUGACAACCUUCAUCUACCAGUGCAUGGGCUUCAUAAUGUGUCUGGCAGUGCUACUGGUCUUGCCGACAUUGAAUGUGAAGUCACUCACUACCUGGAAACUGGAAGGGUCCUCUCGGAAAGAAAAUACCCCUCUAGUGGAGGGUAAGGAACCAAUAAUUGAAGAUCAAACGGGCACAAAUGACUUCCUAAGAGAUGUCGCAUCGCUGUACCAGGAAGCAGUGAGAGAAGUGGACUUUGCAAGAGUGGGCAGAAGAGUAGGUCUGGAUGACUACCAGAUACAAGAGAUCAUCAACAACGAAGCUGAGCAGCUGAGGGGAGAAGCCAAGUUGAAGUACCAUGACUGGAACUCAAGCAAGAGUCCACAGAGUAGAGAUGACUUAAGGGAUGAUAUUGUUGCUGACAGAAUCAAACUCCUACCUGAUAUACUUGUGCAAUAUAAACGGCCACAAGGGCGUGCAGCUUAUGCUGGCUAGGUUCAAGUGGUGUUAAUGUGGUUAUAACCAAAUACAUGUACUGCGAUGUGUUGCUUUGAAGCAAUACUGCACCAUAAUGCAGGUCUUAAAACUAGUGUUACUGUUUGCCACUGCUCUAUGAGGGGCCUACAAAGUUUACAAAAGUGAAAAGGUAAAUUGAGGAUACUUUGAAGUCUAUAUAUACAUAGAAGAGUUUGUGUGCUUGUGAAUCACGAGACCACUGUAUGUAUACAGAUAUAUACGUACUAGCAAUGCAAAAUGGACCAAGCAGCUUGAUAAAUUGUCCGACAACUCAGGCGUUUCAGGUAGCAUACAGGUUAUUUUCACUGAUAUGAUGAAAGAUGCUACAGAAGUAUCUGAAACGUCUGACUCCUCAAAACAAUUAUCCGGUUGCGUACCUUGUUUUGCCUGGAUGUCUUUCAUAACAGGGUACAUGGUUCCUUAGAAUAAAUGUUUGUCAACUGCAUGGAUGAAUACAAUAAAGUGAUACACCUGAAAGACAUGCUCCUCCUCAAGUUCCACUUAAGUGUGUACUUAUAUGUACCAGAUGUUGGCACAUUUGCUGAUGUUAUUUAAGAAGUCAAUUGCAUACCAAAUAUUUUAUGUAGUUUGAACUAGAAUUCAAAGUCUAUGUUUUAUAAGUGUAUUGAGCAAGGAACGUUAUACGUUGACCUUUGUAUAGCAGCUCUUCAUAUUGCCAUAACCUAAUGCAUGUUUCA